GUUCAUUCUAAAAAAAAAAAAUGUUUUCUGCUUUUCUGUGUUGUAGUCCAAUGUGAUCUGAGCGAAUGGACUCCUUGGGGCCCUUGUAUGAAGAAGAACAAAACAUGUGGCUUUAAAAAAGGUAACCAGACCCGUACCAGAGAGCCUUUACAGCUUCCAAGUCCUGCCACCUCCAGUGGGAUUGUACCUCCCCUGGGCUGCAUCCCAGAGAUCCAGACUCAAAGAUGUACCAUGCAGAAAAAGAUCCCUUGCAAAGGAGAAAAGAAGAACUCACAGAACCAUGGAGAUAAAAAUGGCAAGAACAGAGGCCGGGACUCCAAGGAGGGUGGCAGAGGGGGAAACAAGAGAAAAAAGACCCAAAACAGGGCAACCACUGCCCCCACCAUUACAACAAGCACGGUGACCUAACCUUAUUGUGGCAUUGGGUGGGCUCAAGAAAGGAGAAUGAUCCAACCUUUUUGACUGAAAAGAAACUAUAUUUGAUCGUGACAGUAUCAAAAUUAUGCAAAAAAGAAAGAACGCUGCUACACACAAAAUACCCUCAACGAAGACACCAAGGCACAGGGUUGGAAAGUCUCAUGCAUUUGUAAGCCACAAGAAACAUCGUUGUUUGUGGUUGGAGAAAUGUUUCAUUUGUUCCUUUUGUAGACCUAGCACAAGGUUUCCAAAUUAAAGGGAAGCACCAUCCUGCUUUAAGAACAUCUAUAAUGCAUUUAAAUCCAUGUGGCUCACCUAUCCAGCUUUCAAAAUUGAAUCUCAUUAUGUAGGUAGCACACAGUCUGGAGUCUGUCUGUGACUAUUUUGUAAAACAGACUUGGAGGGUAAAAGUAAUAUUAUGUUGCUUUGUUUUUAUAUCUGUUGUUUAUUACCAAAUGGCACUGGAACUGAUAAUGUGGUUUACAGAGAGAAUGUGGAGAAAAAGGACUUUAAUGAUGGUUUUUUUUUUUGACAAAAAAAGAUCUAAAUACCCAAAUGACCCAAAAAUAAUGCUAUAUACGUUAUAUAGCUGGAGACAAACUUCCAAACUUAUAUCAAUGUAAGGCCAGUUUUAAUUGUUUUGGUGGCCUACGUAAAGUAAAAGAUUGUUUAGGGGUAAAUAAAUACAUUUGUUGUAUUGUAUUGUAUUGUAUUGUAUUGUAUUAUUGUUUUCUACACAAAAGAGGGCUACAAUAAUGUGAGAAAUGUAUAGUUUAAAAUAUGUGUAUGAAAGAUUGUGUGUUUUUCAGUCUGUCCUUGUAUGCACCUUUAAGGUGGUAUAGGACAACAGUAGAGCGGUUUUCUACUUGCAGAAGUCCACGUUACACUUAAUUUGUGACCAAACUAUUUAGAAACUACAUCAGCAAAAUGCUUUACAGGUUCCAUGUUGGUUCAGUUAUUUUUGCAACGGGCAAUAUAGCACAUUAUUCAUAUUAACACUACCAUGCUUAGCUGUAACAUGAAGUAAUAUCAGAGAAAGAAUUUCUGUACAUCAUACAGUUGUUUCUGUCUAGCAAGUGACACAUUUUCUAGCUUUUGUUAGUCUGUCUAGACUUUUAAAUAAUAAAAGUCUUGCAUACAAGUCAAGAGAAAGGUACAAUGUACUCAAAUAAACAUCUGGAUUCAG